UCAUCUGACAAAACAGCUUUAAGGAUAAAGAAGUUUAAAAUUGCAUUAACAUUGGAUAUAUUUUGAUUUUUUGAUGUUGAAAAGUUGGCCAGACUGUCGGAAAAUUCGAGUUGUGAACAGGUGUUUUUCAAAUGGAAUGAGGUGAAAUAGCAUGUAAGAACAAAAAGAGGGGAGAGAAUCUCACAACAGUUGAACAGCAGCGUUUUGUUCUCACGUAUGAAAUAUUACAUUACAGCGGUAGUCGUAGAGGAGUAUACAGUGGUUACCGAAUGUGUGUUUAUUGUUUGUUUACAUUGCCUUCAUAACAAUUCAAAUGGACACCGAAUUUAUAAACCAAAUAUGAAGUGUAUACUUUGUGAGGUUAACUAAUGGUGUUUUUAUUUGGUAGUGUAGAGUGAAAAUGCCUCAUCAGUACGGCUUACCGGGAAUAAAUCAUGCCCAGUCGCCCCCUACACCUCCACCUCAGCAUGGGGCUAUGUAUUCUAGGUUUGCUGGGGCUGUCGUGCCAGGAGGAUACCGAGGAGAAGACAGAAGGCUUACAAGAGAGGCCAUGGAGAGGUACCUCAGGGAAAGAUCUGACAUGGUGAUUGUUAUUUUACACGCAAAAGUUGCCCAAAAGUCAUAUGGUAACGAGAAGAGGUUCUUCUGUCCACCCCCUUGUAUUUAUUUGUUUGGGGAAGGUUGGAGACUGAGGCAAGAACAGAUGCUUCGUGAGGGAGAAUCUGAGCAGGCUUCACAGCUGUGUGCCUUUAUAGGAAUAGGAAAUUCAGAUCAAGAUAUGCAACAACUAGACCUCAAUAAUGGCAAGCAAUACUGUGCUGCAAAGACUUUAUAUAUUUCAGACUCGGAUAAACGUAAACAUUUUAUGCUAUCAGUGAAAAUGUUCUACGGUUCGGGACAUGAUAUUGGAGUGUUCCAUAGUAAACGAAUUAAAGUGAUAUCAAAACCUUCUAAGAAAAAACAAAGUUUAAAAAAUGCCGAUUUGUGUAUAGCUAGUGGUACGAAAGUGGCUUUAUUUAAUAGGUUACGAUCUCAGACUGUUUCUACGCGAUAUUUACAUGUAGAAAACGGACAUUUUCAUGCAAGUUCGACGCAGUGGGGCGCUUUCACGAUACAUCUUUUAGACGAUAACGAAUCGGAGAGUGAAGAAUUUCAAGUUAGGGAUGGUUAUAUACAUUAUGGUUCAACUGUCAAAUUGGUGUGUUCUGUUACGGGUAUGGCUUUACCAAGGCUCAUUAUCAGAAAAGUAGACAAACAACAAGCUUUAUUGGAAGCGGAUGAUCCAGUAUCUCAACUUCAUAAAUGUGCAUUCUAUAUGAAAGAUACAGAACGAAUGUACCUCUGCCUAUCCCAAGAACGGAUCAUUCAGUUUCAAGCCACACCUUGCCCAAAGGAAUCAAAUAAGGAAAUGAUCAACGAUGGAGCGUGCUGGACCAUCAUAUCCACAGAUAAAGCAGAAUAUCAGUUUUAUGAGGGGAUGGGUCCAGUGCGAUCUCCAGUUACACCAGUGCCGAUAGUACACAGUUUACAUUUAAAUGGUGGAGGGGACGUAGCUAUGCUCGAGCUUACUGGUGAUAAUUUUUCUCCUUCGCUGCAAGUUUGGUUUGGAGAUGUUGAAGCUGAGACUAUGUAUAGAUGCCAAGAAAGCAUGCUUUGCGUAGUACCGGACAUAUCACAAUUCCGAGGAGAGUGGCUGUGGGUCCGCCAACCGACACAAGUGCCCGUUUCGCUGGUCAGAAACGACGGUAUUAUCUACGCCACUGGACUGACAUUCACGUAUACACCAGAACCUGGACCUAGACCUCAUUGUUCUUCUGCCGAUGAAAUAAUGAGGCAGGCGCAAAGUAAUCAAAGGACUGCGCAGGCGCAGCCGCAAGCAGCCAUUACAGAAAAUGCUUGGAAUUCGCAUGGAAUGCAUUAGUCAAACACGAACUUUCUUUAGUUCGAAAAAUUGUAGCAAUAAGUGGAAAUGGUGGUUGGUACUCUUUUUCCUCAUCGGUAUGAAGCAGAAACUUAAGCCAAAAAACAAAAAUAACCAUAUACAAAACCCUUAUACAACCAGUGUUGACAUAUGGAUCGGAGACAUGGACCAUCUCCAAGGCAGAUGAAAACCUUCUGCUUAUAUUUGAACGAAGGAUCCUGAGAGGCAUAUUCGGUGGCAUCUGUGAAAAUGGUAUUUGAAUACCACAGAUAUAAACAUAUAUUUGGUGGUAAAGACGUUGUAUCUGUUAUAAGAAUAGGAAGACUAAGAUGGGCAGGACAUCUAGCAAGAUCACAGCAUAACAACCCUCCUAGAAGAAUCCUUAUGUCACAACCUGUGGGAAGUAGAAAUAGGGGUAGGCCAAAACUUAGAUGAAAGGACGGUGUAGAUGAGGAUGGGAGAAAAAUAGGCGCAGCAAACUGGCAAGGGUUGGCAAUGGAUAGGACUGACUGGCGUAAUAGACUCUUUCAUAGGGCUGUAGCACCAUUGAUGAUGAAGAAGGCAUAUGACUAGAUACCUAGAAUCAAGCUAUGGGAAGCAAUCCGAAGUUCCACGAAUAUUAAUAAAAGCAGUAGAAUCAAACUAUAAGAAUAACAAAGUAGCUAUCAAAACGGGCAAUAUAAUGUGCAGUUCACUUAUGUCAUCAGUACCUAAUAUGCCAUCAGCACUGCAACAUUAAAGGUUUUAUUACCAUUUGCGACUUCGUACUUGUGCGAAACGGAUUUUUCUGCAGUGACAGUAGUUAAAAACAAGUACAGGUCAAACAUAAACUUAGAAAAAGAAAUGAGAGUGGCAAUUUCCAAAUUGGACCCCCGGUUUCAUAAGCUGUGCUCAAAAAAGCAAGCACAUCCCUCACAUUAACCAGCCAGUUACAUAAAAUAAUAUCCAUUUUUAUUUUUGUGCCUAUGUUUUGAUUUCAUUGGUAAAUGUUCAAAUAGUUUUUUUGUUAUAAAUAACUAUAACCUAUUCACGAGGAAAAAAUUUCCUGUAGUUGGCUGUAUACCAUUUAUUACAAAAAACCAUGAAAUCCUUUAUAAAAGGUAUAUUUGUUAAAAUCCCUAUAUGUUUUAUGAUGUAGCCCUGUAUAGGGAUUUUAACAAAUAUACCUUUUAUAAAGGAUUUCAUGGUUUUUUAACUAUAACCUGUUACUAGGCUAGUACUUACCAAAAUUGGUAAGUUUUAUUGGGGUUUGGGUUGAGGGGCGUCGCAAAAAAAUAGCAAAAUCUAAAGAGCGUCACAGUACGAAUAAAUUUGGAAAGUCCUGUUCUAACUUUUAUGCCAGGAGAGAGGUUGAGGCUCUUGAAGAAGGCCAUCAUCUGGUUGAAGGUGGAUCUAGUUUUUCCGAUGCAUGGUCUUAUCUCUUGGUUGUUGGUCCAUUCUUCAUUUAUUAUAGUGCCGAGGUAGUUGUAGUGCGUAAGUCUUUCUACAGGGGUUUAGUUGGUAUAGAGUUGACCUUCUGUUAUAUGUUUCUUGCUAAUGAUCAUAAGCUUUGUCUUCUUUACGUUUAUAUUGAAGUUAAGUCAAUAUCGUUGACUGUAAUACGUGAUUUUGUUCAUAAAGACUUGCAGGUCUUCUAGGUUGUCAGCAAACACAACGGUGUCACCUGCAUAUCUGAAGUUAUUUAGCCGGUACCCGUUUAGUAGAAUAUCUUUUUCAGGUUCGUGCAAAGCCAAUCAAUAAUAGGUUUGUUCCAACACAACGAGAAACCGUCCAUGUAACGAUCACCGUCCUGCGCAGCAAACAAAAUAACCCAUGGAACGCACGAUAUACAGACACAGAACGCAUGGAACGUAUUAUUUUAUAGUAACGUGAUCAUUACAUGACGGUUCUCGUUGUGUUGGAACAAACCUUAUAAUGAGGAUAUAAGCCUUUAAAUAACGGUGCGUCAUUUGGUUGAACUGCUAGAUUUUUUAAAUAACCAUGCUUCUGUGUUAUUAUGUCAAAAUAGUAUAUUUCUUUGUUUGUAUAAUAACCAUAAUAAUAACCAUUCAAGUUUUCUCAUGUUUAGCGUUCAGGUUCAAUGAAUGAACCUUCAACUAUUCUUUUCUAAACUGAAUUGCAUCAAUUCGUAGACUUAAUGACAUUCACAUUUUUAGUGAGACAAUUAAAUUUUAUAUUUUACUUGGUAAUUAACUUAAAUACAAUUAAAUUUUUUUGAAAUGCAGUAAGUAUUGAAAUAUCUCGAAAUGCGUGUUUGUGAUUUUCUAAUGAGUUUUAUACUAUUGUAAAGAUUGUAAACAAUAUUUUUAGUAAUCAGGUGAGUCAAAACAAUCACUGAUUGCAUGCGUCUAAGUAUCCAUUCAAAAUUAUUUAUGAAUGAAUCAUAAACAGUUACAAGGAUUACUAAUGAUGUUAUCUAAUAAUUGCUAAAACAAAUGUAAAGUUACACAAUAACAUUUUUUACAUCAAAAACAAGAUUCCAAAUUUUAUUUCCAAUAUUCCUAGAAAUUCCUAAUUUCUAGAAACAUUGGAUGAUUAAAUUAUAUUAUCUCGUGAUGUUAACUAGAUACUUAAAAAAUACUUCUUCCUCUUUAUAAGCAAUUCGGCUUGUUCAUUGGCGGAUUAAUACUUCUAUGGAAGGUUGUCACUUCAUCUUUUGCGUGGUAGGCCGAUACUUCUACCGAUUGGCGAUUUAUUUCUUUCUAGUUUGACCACACGUGUCUUUCCCAUUCUUCCAUUCUUUUUGUCUAUUUGAUUUGCGUGUAUAGAUUAAAUGCUAUGUGGAAAUGCUAUCAAUGAGAGUCCCCGUUUAGGAUUUUGUCCUCUUCAGGGUUUGUAGUGAAUGUAUUGAGUUGAACAACGAAAAAGUGGCCGCAAAAGCAAACAGUCCGAAAAACACACUGGGGCAUGUGUCGUUUCCUGGUGUUCCUGGUGAUCCUGGGUUAUGCCGGACGGUGGUGUCCAGAAGGCCAAAAAGACAACAGAGAAGAAAGUUUGAUGGAGUUGUUGUUGGUUCCAUAGACAUUUACUUGUACUGUCCGUGCUUUGCCCUCGACCACCCCUCUAGAAACCAUUGUACGCCAACUGGUAGAACCAGCGGCCCUCGUCGGCGGUCAAGGGGUGGUUUUGAGCGCAGCGUGGACAGUGAGCGUUCGAGUGGUGAAAAUAGUUGAGGCUAUUUUCUUGGGACGAACAGGUAUAAUUGUGCAAUGAAGUUGGGAAACCGCAAAAAACCAACUUCCCCCUGUUCGGGGUAGGGAAGAGGAUGAGUUAUAGGUGGGUGCGGUAGGCUAACGGGGUAGCCUCGAGGAUGUUCUCGUAUUCUACCGGGAGUUCGUCAAUGCAUGUUUGCAUUAGAGCAGACGGUGGAUGAAUCUUUUUGCGCUUGGGCUUUGCGCGGUAGAAUACGUGGCCAGAAGAUGAACAGGAACAUUUGAGAGAUUCUUGUGUGUCGGAGGGGGACCGUUGAUUACUUUGGUUGUGAAGUUCCUGUUCAGAGAGUUUAUUCUCUCACUGAUUUUGGGGAUGUUUGAGAUGUUAUGGAUUUCGUUUGAGGGAUAUCUCCAGUGCUCGUAGUUGCAUCUACGCAAGAUUCUUCGUUCUACUCGCAACAACCUUUCUUUUUGUGCUCUAGCGCAAAGAGAGUAGAGGCAUGAUUUGUACUCAAUGACGGGUCGAAUAUAGGUCUUGUAAGUGUGUAAGAGAGUCUUCUUGUGUGUCUUGCCAAUUCGUCCAGAGAGAGGGUUGAGAAGUCUGGCUCUGUUCCUUACCCUAUCUAAAGUUGCCUUUAGAUCUGCGUCCCAGUUAAGAGUCCUGGUAAACAGUACUCCCAGGUAGGUCGCAGUCGGGCUAAGAACAAGCCUUUCUCCCAACAAUCUCAGUGGAUAUUGGUCGUCUUCAUUUCUUAUGAUUCUUUGUGACACAGAAGGGGCGCGAAACACAAUUGUUGUUGUUUUGUUCGCGUUCAGCGUGACUCUCCACUUACAACACCAAUCCCCGACCCCGUCCAACAGAGCCUGGUCUCUUCUGUGGAUGAGUAAUGGGUUGUAUCGAGAGGUUGUCGUGAGUAGAGCCGUGUCGUCUGCAUAGAGAAAAAGCCGAGUGCCUGGGAUAUUUUGGUUUGUGAUAUCGCUGUUGUAGAUGAUGUACAACAGUGGUGCUAGGACUGAACCCUGGGGAACUCCAGCUUGUGGAGUGAAGGGGGUAGACUUUUGAUCGCUUAUUUUCACUCUGACAGUUCGGUUGUGGAGGUAUGAGUGUACAAUUUUGGUAAAUUGUAAUGGUAGCCAGAUGUCCAGAAGUUUCCGAACAAGUCCGUCGUGCCAGACCUGAUCGAAAGCCUUCUGCACAUCCAGGAAUGUGGCUAUGGCGAAUGAACCAUCGUUGAUGGUUUGAGUAACUUUAGUUGUGAAAUCUAUUAAUGCAUGUUUAGUAGAUUUACCAGACUGGAAUCCGUAUUGGAAUUUUGGGAUGAUGUUGUGGUUUUCGAGAAAGUUAUUGAGCCUUUCUUUUAGGAUUAGCUCAAGAACUUUACCCAGAGUGUUUAUUAAAGAGAUUGGUCUGUAGGAUUCCACGUCGGUUGGGGGGUUUGCCUUUUUUCAAAAGCAUGAUGGUAUUGGCCACUUUCCAAGGAGUAGGGAAGUGGUUGUUUUUGAGACAUGCUUUGAAUAUUUUAGUUAGAAGAGGGAUGAUACUCUCUGGAAGUUUUUUGAGGCACCUUCGGUUGAUGCUAUCAGGUCCGGGAGCGCUGUUUUUACCCAUUUGGCAAAAGCUCUCCGUUUCCCUGUUUGUGAGGGGGUCCAUGAUAGGAUCAUAGACUGGAACGUGGUAGUUGAGAGUAACAUUUACUAUGUAUUCUGUGUGGAGUUUAAAUAAGCGAUCAAAGUUCGGGUUGUCUGGAGUUUGAAAGUUGUUUUGAAGCGAAUUUCUGAAUGCUUCAGCUUUCCCGUCUGGGGAAUUGACUAUGUGAUUGUUGACCAACAGAUGAGAUGGUUGAGAUAGUUUUUGUUUUGUUAGGACUUUGAAUUUGUGCCAGAAUUUACUUCCGUCUCUGUAGUCCAGUUUUGAGGUAGCAUCUUCCCACCGGCGGGCCGUUAGGUCAGAUAUCUCUCUCUUUAUCCUGGCGCAGAUUCGGUUGUAUUCUGUUUUGAUUAGUGGAUUUCUGUUGGCCUUGUAUUGACGUAGAAGACGUCUUUUUUGUUGGAUUUUGGCUGUGAUGUAUUGUGGAAGUGCCGGAGAUGUAUGGGUUAUUUGUUUAAGUGGGAUUGCGUGCGUGAUCGCCUCGGUGAUGAGGUUCUCAAUUUCUGUUGCACUGGUGGCGAUACUAUCGUUAGUAUCGAGUCCGCCUAACAUAGGGAGAUUUUGCGUGAUGAAACUUUGGAAUUCAGUCCAGUUAGCGUGACGAUAGUCUCUUAUAGUUCUUGGAGGGUUGGGUUGUUUUGGAAUUAGUAUGUCGGUAUUGACAAGAAUUGGUACGUGGUCUGACGUUAUUGAGUCGCCUAUGUGGCAUCUAUCCUCGAACCUAUCCAGAAUGUUACUGGUGACUAGGAUGUGGUCGACAAUAGAGGCCCCAGUGGCGUUCAGAAACGUGUAUUCAGUGUUGGUGAUUUGUGAGAUAGGAAGGUCUAGUAGAAAAUCCGUGAGGCGGAUGCCUUCUGGGUUUUGUCGAUGAUCACCAAACUGUGUAUGUCUACAAUUCAGAUCGCCCAUCAACACGGCCUUGCCUAGCGUUGAAAAAUACUCUAGCAAAUGCCUGUUGAGUGGUUGAUCCGGGUGUUUGUAGUAAGAGACUAUCGUGAGGGUUUUGUUGUUGGGGAUGUGCACGUCAACUGCCAGGAAGUCCACAUCAGGUGGACGAAAAUUUGGUGGGUAUGUAUGUGCGCUGUGUGGUAUUCCGUGUUUCACGAGAAUACCAUUACCACGUGAAACCUGACAGCGGUUUCGAUGAAUGAUCGAAUAUCCUGCGAAAUGUGGAUCGCUUUUCGACAGAGUAUCUGUGAGUGCAAGGAUUUGAAUGUUAUGUUUCGACAUUUGUCUAUUUAGUUCCCAUUCGUUUAUACGAGCUAUCAGCUCAUCACGCCUACUUGAGGUACGUUCUCGAACACUCUUUAUCCCUCCGCCCCCGCCUCGAACAUUCGAUACCGUCAUUCUCGAGUUGUGUACAGUUAUACGGGGGUCGAUCAAAAA